CAGCCUUUGCUCGCACAGCCCCUGGUCAGGGGUCGUGGGAAUGGUCGCCUAGCAACGUCGCCUAGCCCUAGAGUGACAUUUAGACCAAGCGAAAGGGCUGCGUCCUAGGGCGCCGCUAGGUCUUCUCCUUUCAGGGGGAGCCUCGGGUGGUUUCUCCUUCAGAAAGUUGCACUCGCCGUCACCAGUUUUCGGAUUGCUUCCCCUCUCUCCCUUUUUGUCCCUAAAUGCUUGAGAUAGUUUUAUUCUGAGAUGUUUCAGCAGGAAAAGAAUGUGCUUCUUCAGACGAGUAUCCACUCAUUUUGGAUCAUUUUUUGUCUGUGCAUACCAAAAUGCUUGUAUGCACAGAACGUGUGUCCUGAGGUCAGGCAACAGCUUUUGAAAGAUGGCUUUCACAGAAAUCUGCUGAUUCGGGUAAAUAUCAGUACAGCUGACGAAAGCCUCAGAAGCUGCAUAGUGGCAACUAAGGUACACUUACCAAAAGGACUAUAUGUGGAUCCCUAUGAAUUGACAUCUUUACAAAAGCACAAUCUCACUGAGGCAUUGAUGAUGGCAGAUAACAUAGAUUUGGAAGCUCCCGAGUACUUAGCGGCUGACGUUUCUGUCCUCGUUUAUAUGAGACCUGACCCUGAAUGCUUUUCCUGUUUUAGAGCAUUAUUACCUCUGCACUGCCGGUAUCAUCGGCCGGCAGAGAAUGAUGGGGAAAUCUCUACUGUACUGAAGAGUCCAGAUCUUUUGAUGCAUUGCCAAAAAUUCUUCCUUUCACUGGAAUGUUUGAAAGAAACUGAAAUAGAAGCUCCAUGUUCUCAGAAGAAUAUACACACAUGCCACUGGGAUAGCAUGAAGUUCAAAGAUGUGUGUAACCGAAGAACUGAAACUGCAGAUACCAGUUGGGCUCAAACACCAUCUUAUGUUGGUAUGCACAGUGACUCUUGCUACCACAAUAUUGUGUUCCAGUCUUAUCCUUUCAGCUUUAUUCAAGCAUGGAUGCUUCUCCUUUGUUCAGAGCUCACAGUAAAACCGAACAAGGUUAUUGAAUCAUCAUGGAAAAACUGUGUAAAUACACCAGACAAACCAGAGACAGGAACAGAAGAAAAGGCUUAGAAUUGGCCCAGCAUCACAGACUGGGAGCAGGCCAAGUGCCUCUUACUUGACUGUGCGGUAUCAUAUGCUUGGCUGCAUUGCUUUUGAUCUGUUCUAGUCUCCUCCCCCCGAUUUUGCACAUGUUUCCUGAAUAGGCUGAUCUAGUAUCCGAUAAAUAUGUGCCUUCAAAAUUGCCAUGUAAUCAAAUUUUGAAAUAGUGAAACCUGCCUAACUUAACAAUUCUGAUAUCACCAAUAAAGCGGGGGUGGAUAAUUUUUUGAACCCUAAAAAACCCAAACACAGGUUCUUUUUUCAUGUGUAGUCAAUCAUAGAUAUCAGACAAGUAGAAACAAUUAUAAGUGGCAAUAAUACUUUGGAAGGAAGUUUAUAAACUGUUCAUUUUUAAACCAUGAACUGGAUAAAUAUGUCUCAGAAGAUAACAGAACAGGUGGAAUUAUUCCAAGUUCUGAGAAAACACUGGAUGUAAAUCAUUAGCGUUGAAAAUACAAGGAAAUACAGGGAGGAAAUUGCUUCAUUAAUGGAAAAACUGAGCAGCUCCAAAGAUUCUUAACUUUUCUAUUGUCAACAAACUUCACACAUCAAGUGGCUACUAGUAUGCAAAAUAGGUUCAAAGGGAAAGAUGUGCCACUUUCCAUAUUCGUGGACAGCAUAAAAUAUUUACCAAUUCAUAAAUUAAAUAAAAGAAAAUACCGGUACCUUUUUAAAAAUGUACAACUGCAGUUUAUGGCUGAAUUUACACCAUUUGGUUGUUUCUUACCUGUGCUGGUCUUGUCUCUGAAUUAUCAAGAAUUUUCUUUGGGUCUCCACUAAAACUAUAUCAAAGACUUGUUUUGUGGCAUCUUUCGCUAGCUGAUGAGAUGCUUUUAACACUGGUCUUUUGUUCUCCCCGUACAAAGUGCUGAAUGACGAUCGCUGAGGCAAUACUUCAGCUACUACCUCAGGUUCUCUGUGAAGAUUGCUCUGCAUCUGUUUGGGGGAAGGGAGCCACUGUAGAAAACAAUUGCAGAUGGGUUAUUUUUGUUUCUCCACUUUCCUUAUAUGAGCAGCUGUAGCACAUAAUGGGAGGACAGCUGUGAGCUUCAGUUGUUUAUCUUAUCCUUUUCCUUUUAGUUUGAUGUCAAUUGACAGUUUUAUACUGCAUACUAUGGAUCCAAAGCUGGUCUUCUUGAUCAUGUCAUCAAGAAGUUUCAUGUUUAAAUGUUUCCCCUUUUGGUAAGAUUAGAUGCAUUUGAUACAUAAGACUUUUGAACUGCAAGUCUGGAUUUGUUCAUUUAGGUAUGAUGGAAUAGAAAUAGUUCCUUGAAAAAAUUAUAUUGAUAAAAUCAAAAUGGAAGCAUGCCUAACAAAAUUGUAUAGAAAAAGCAUGAGGAUAGUUCUCCAUGAAGUCAUAGAUUUAUUCAGAAGAUCCUUUUCAAAAGUGCUGCACAAUUAUAUUUCCCAGUACAGGUCCUUCAGUACCUUGCUAGUUGGAUCUGUGAAUUUGCAGCUGGAAAAGCACAUGAAUGUGCAUCAACAUUACAUCACAAGCACAUUUUCCAACACAGAAUAGCUUGUGGCCUGGAAAAAUGGCAGAAUUUGUGUGUUGAGUUUGUCCAGAGAAUACAUGUACAGUGUACAAGCAAGUUGCUUGGCUUAUUCAAUGUGUACAUUAUUUUAACAGGAUGAAACUUACUGGAAAUUAGUUUAUUUUCUACACUUACUGGAAUGUGCCUGGACAUCUAGGAAUGAUAUCUAAGGGUUUGCAGAUAGCUUUGUCUUUCGGUAGUGAUUCUAGUUUUGUUUAACGGAAAAACAACUGUUGUAUGGAACUGGAGGUGAAGUGAGAGGCCCAAGCCUCAGGAUAUGUAAAUAGCAUGAAAGGUCAAUAGAAGGAUUCCAGCUGUCAGCAUCAAUUUCUGUAGGAGCUGGAAGGCAGACAUAAAGCUGUUGCUUGCACUCUUUGCUCUGGCUCCCAUUCAGUUAUUGUGCAUCUCUCUCCACCACCCACUCAAACAUAAUUGCAGUACUAAAGUGAUAACAUUAAAAGGGCUGUUUGGAAGAAGGUGACUUAAAUUAUGUAUAUAUCGGUAACUAUAUUGGGUGGAUGGUUAGCUUGCAGCCAGUUUGAUGUAUCAUCAGUGUACGGUCAGUCCAGCUGAGGCUCAGAUUUCACAGAUACCAUCUAUCGCAAGGAGACUGUUCUUUUUCAAGAAAGGGCUAUGAAAUUUCUCUCAAGCACCAGUGUUCUUUUAAUUUAUAAAACAAGCAUAUUUUUAUGACCCUUUAUAUUUCAUAUUAAAAAUGGAAUGGAUGUUUCUUUUUAAAUAUUUCCACAAAAGGAGGAACUGAGGGGGGGGGAAUAUAAUAUGCUGCUGCAGAGUUCCACUGGCAGCACUAGCUGGUGCCUUGAGCUGGAAAUGCUGAAUGGGCAAGCAAGCUCUCUGCUUGUUUUUUCUUUCUAGCUGAUCAUACAAGAUAGAGCUUGUCCCAUGGGAAAUUUCUUGUACCCUCAAAUAUUUUUUUCUAUGGCAGCCUGGCCUUGGUGUUUAUAUAAGCAAAGAGACGCUGCAGUGUCAGUAUUAUGAGUUCUGUUUUUUUAGUGUUACAUGUUGUAUAGUCACUAGGGAGGGGUGCAUGUGCCCACUGCUUUUUCUGAUUCCUAGAGGAUGAUUCAUUGUUAACUUUCUUUGGGUUUGGCUUGCAGAAAUCAGUACAUCUAGUGAUAGCGGCCAGAGAAACUUGCCAAAUGUGGACUGAGCCAGGGUUUUAGGCCUUUAUUUUUCCCAUCAUGACUUUCUCAGUAUUGAUACAAGAACUGCUAAGUGUUAAGUAAACAUGAACAUAUGCACUUUAGCAUAUACCAUCAUAAGAGUUUUGAAUGAAUCUGUAAACCCACUUCAAUCUGGUUUUUCAUCCAGAACUGAAACUCACUUGGUUGUUUUGUGGGGGCAGAUUUUAGCUGGUUGCAUCCUGCUAUGGAACUCCCUCCCAAAGGAGAUUGAUUUGGCACUGCCUUGACUGUAUUCCAGGUACUAGGGGAAUUCUUUCCUGUUGAUCUGGGUUGGGUUUAAUUUGUUUUCCAGUCUGGUUUGAGUCAAUCACUUAGUAAUUGCUUUGGCAUUGUGGGUGCUGCAAUUGUUUUUGAAGUGUAUAACUGAUUUUAUCUGGAAUUUAAUGGUAUGUUGGCAUUGUUUUAGGCUUCUGUGUUUUAUGGUUAAUACUUUUCCGUUCAGCAGAUGUGAAUGACUUUACAGACGGUAAAAUGAUACAUAUAUGUAUUUUAAAUAAAAAUGGUGAUACUGAGAUGUUCA